AUGGCAUCUGCUAAGAGUGAGCUCUCUCAAACGCUGCAGGACAUUACGCAUGCCAAGCUGGGCGAGCUUUCCAGAAAGCAAGAGAUCUUCCUCGGCCAUAAGGCCACGACCCUACAGACCGCGCAGGCGUUAGACUCUCCCAUUGACAGACUGUCGGCUUUAUCUGAUGGUCUCAAGACGUGCUUCGGCAUCCCAGUGGUAGACGGCCGCAUGAUCCGUGGGCAUACCAGCAACCAUGGGCGCCUCGAGAUUACGCUUGCGAAUAUAGAUCGGUUUCUCAAACAGGUUCAGUACGACCCCUCUAUCUCACCUUCUACGAUCGAACGAUGGCAACAGUCUCUAGUCAGCAGUCUUGAUAUGCAAACCCGUAAAUAUGAGUUUGCCACGCUUUUUGGCCAGCUGACCAUGGAAUGGCUGUCGACUAAGAAGAAUCCCCUCCCAGACGACGAUGUAUCCAUGUCUGAAGAGCCAGAGCAGCUUCCGGGUGCUCAGAAGCUGGAAUCGAGGAAACAAUGGGAAGAUGCCGUUUUCACGCCUCUUGAACUCGACACAGAUGAAAUUAACCUUCUACUCAGCGAGCUCUUCCACAGCCCGUCGAAAAAUGCCAAAGAUGUACGAAUAGCUUUUGAAGAACUCCGAAGAAAAGUGCAACGGCUCGAGGAGUCAUUGGCAUACUCUCGUCUAAUUUGUGUGCCCACACUACAAUGGACAAUCUCUGGCCUGAUUGCGUCCGACCUUCUGACGGAAGAAAAGCGGACGGUGCUAAAAGACUUCUUGAAUAACACGAUUAUCCUGGCUGAGCUCUGCGACGUGCUGAAUAUGCGCAUGAUGGCCUUGGAUGCUUGGUCCUGGGGUACAGAAGUCCCCGUAGAGCAGCGGCGCCAACUGAAUGGAACUUAUAACAUUUACAUGCACGAGGAUCUGAUCCAGGCCAUCUUCUUGCAGUAUAUCGGUGUUAAAUGGUCUGUCUUCUUUAAGAAUGCCUUCACGGAAUUCAGAAAGGCUAGCGGGGUGUGGAAAUCGCCGACAGAUAACAUCCCAGGAAUUGACAAGAGCCGUCGCGAGUUUUUUCUAGAUUACAAACCCAAGGGCGCCGUGCAAACCACACGAGAGAAAAUAUAUCACAAAGGAUACUUUGUCUCUCAGCUUAUGGACUAUGAAGGGCAAGACCGAAGCAUGGACCAAGGGGAGGAAGAGGCCGACUUUGCACAGUUUGCCCCUGCACAACGAGCCCCAGCCCCAGCUGUGAAACGUACCAUGCAGACAGCGCAAAGACCAUCACGCAUGAUGAGACGCGCUAAUGGGGUCACAACCUUUGAAGAAGAAGCGGGGAUUGACGAUGAUGAAGAUGAUGAGGAUGACAACGAUACUGAUGAUGACGAUGGGGGUGAGAUUCUCAACCCGAAAAAUCCAAUGGAUGCCAAGCAAAACCUACUGCAUCUCUUAACCACUGACAUUUUGAUCAAGACUCGACUUGAGGGAGGGUUGACCUGCUUUCGUUCCAAAUAUGAAUCUCUCAACCCCAAUCUAUCUCAUACAGCUAUUCGUGCAGUCUUGAAAAUCUUCGGUGUUUCUGAGAAAUGGCUAGGAUUUUUCCAGCGCUUCUUGAAAGCACCGGUAAAGUUCAUUGACGACCCUCACGCUGAGCCUCGUCAGCGUCAGCGAGGUACUCCUGGCGCCCAUGUCCUCAGCGACGUGUUUGGAGAGUCCAUUCUCUUCUGUCUCGACUUUAUGAUCAAUCAGAAGACCGAGGGUGAGCUCCUCUGGCGAGUUCACGAUGAUUUCUGGUUCUGGUCAUCAAACCAUCAAACCUGUGUGACUGCAUGGAAUGCAAUCCGAAGAUUCAAUAAGACAAUGGGAAUUACCCUCGAUCCCUCUAAAACCGGCAGUGCCCAUAUCUUGCACAAAGACACGGCAAGCCCGACUGGUCUCGACCCAGCCUUACCUACCGGACAAAUCAGAUGGGGCAUGCUAUAUCUCAACUCCGAGUCGGGGCGUUUUGAAAUCGAUCAGCAAAUGGUAGACAGUCAUGUUGUGGAUUUGAACCGACAGUUAAAAGAGCAAGCCAAGAGCGUCUUUGGUUGGAUUCAGGCAUGGAACUCGUAUGCUACAACUUUCUUCACGUCCAACUUUGGCAAGCCUGCCAACUGCUUCGGCCGUCAGCAUGUUGAUAUGAUGCUCGCCACUCAUGAACGAAUCCAGCGUAGAGUGCUUUCCCUUGAUGCAGAAGGUGGCAAAAGUGACGUGAGUGUAAUCCAGUUCCUCCGGGAUAUAAUCUGCUCACGCUUCAACGUCGCCUCUGUACCGGACGGUUACUUUUUCCUACCGAUCGAGCUUGGCGGUCUGGAGCUGUCGAGUCCCUUCGUCCACCUGGUAGGCCUACGCGAUUCUGUUAUCGAAGAUCCGAGUAUUCUAUUGGAUAGGUUUUUGGACGUCGAACGAGAUUCUUACGCCUCGGCUAAACUGCGCUACGAGAAGCGUUUCAACAACAACCAACAUAUAACCGCGCAUAACCAGGGAUUUAUUCCGGCAGACGCACACACCUUUAUGCCAUUCGAGGAGUACAUCCGGUACCGUGAGCUACUUGGCUAUGGAUACACUGGCGAGCUCAAGGAGGUGUAUGACACGCUUCUGCAACGCCCGAUGCAGGAGCAUAUUGAAUGUGAUCCGAACGGUGCCGUCUUCCGUGAGCUAAAUCAACUUUCCAGACAUCAGAACCGGAGAGGAAUUAAACGCAAUUGGAGAGAGAUGGAUGCGUAUUGGAAAUGGGUAGCUCAAUUGUAUGGACAGGAGAUCAUCGACAGCUUUGGUGGGUUUAACAUUGUAGACCCUGGGCUGUUGCCUAUCGGAUGGUGA